AGAGAAGCGUGAAUUCGAGUUCCUCGUCUUUUUCUUUGUCUGUUUUCCUUGCCUGUUUUGACUGCAUCAACGCGCAGGAAAAUACACACAUAUCUUUCCCCUGUCGACACGGUGUACGCCCACGCCAAAACGCCACCACACAUUCCACCGACGUAAUUCCUCUCCUUUUACGCGAAAGAUUCAAGAAGACAAGAUGCCGCCGAAGCACCACCGCGAGCCUGUGGUGAUGCCGCCCGUGGAAGACGAGGAGGACGAUAUGAUGGACAUGGACAUGGGCAUGACGGACUUCCAGAAAUACCUUGAUCCCGACUUCUCCAAGAACUUCAUGGCGAGCCUGCCCGAGAAGAUCCGUCAGCGGGCGCAGGUGCUGUCCGCCUACAACGAAGACUACCUCGCGGUGCAGAAGGCGUGCAAGGACAAGGAGACGGCAAUCCUGCGCCGCUACGACGCCCUCUUCGCUCCGCUGCUGCAGCGCCGCCAGGAGAUCGUAACCGGCGCCGCCGUCACCGACGAGGAGGUGAGGAAGGGCAUGCCGGCGGAGCACGAGGAGCAGGUGUCGGUUGAAAUGGACCCCGCCGCCAGCUCCGAGGAUGUGAAGGGCCUGGAGGGGUUUUGGCUGCGUGUGCUGCAGCACCACGUCGUGAUCGGCAGCACCAUCGAGGAGCACGACGAGGACGCCCUGCGCCACCUCGUCGACGUCAAGUCCUUCGUGGCGGAGGGCGACUACGGCAGCUUCCAGGUAGCCUUCACCUUCUCCCCGAACGACUACUUCGAGGAAGAGACGAUCACCGUGGCGGUGGCCGUCAAGGACACCGACUCGAAGCUGACGUUGCCAAAAAUCACGUGGAAGCCGGGCAAGAACCUAACGAUGCGCACCAUCUCGAAGAAGCAGCGUGCCAAGCGCACCGGCCAGACGCGCACCAUCACCCGCGAGGUACCGCAGCCGUCCUUCUUUUGGCUCUUCUGCAGCAAGGCGGAAGUCGACGGCGAGGACGACGAGGAGGACGAGGAGGACGGCGACGACGAUGAGCAGCGCAUCAGCACGUUGGAGGUGCUGCACACCUGUGUGAUCCCUAACGCAGUGCGCUACUUCACCGGCGAGGCCCCGGACGGCUGCAGCGAUGCCGACGAGGACGAAGAGGAAGAGGAGGAGGAGGAAGAGGAGGAGAUCCAACUCCCGCGCGGUCGCGGCGGUCGCGGCGGUCGCGGCGGUCACGGUGGUGGUCGUGGAGGCCGAGGCGGUCGCGGCAACUAG